GUUUGAAAUAUCUGCAAAAAUAUCUCCAAGCCACAAUGGAAGCAACAUCCAUCUUGAAUAACGGUGGCAAAAAUGAUAUCGAAUCAAAUCGAUCCUAUCAAGAUAAUAGUAUAGAUCUGGUAACCAUUGAGGAAAUAAUGGAAAACUAUGAGGAGAAUAAGAUAGCGAUACAAAAAUAUAUAAAGUUCAAGUGUGACGAGUGUGAGGUGGAUCCAAGUCCAGUAGGAGCAUUUCUGAAUGAAAAGAUAAUACCAACUCUAAGAGAUGGAUUGUGCAAAAUGUUACGAGAAGUAAAACAAGAUGAUAGUUUCUAUAAACCAAGAAGUACUUUGAAUGGAUUAGAUUUCCUCAGUGAAUAUUUGUACAACAUGAAUCCUCUUCAUCCAGAGCGAAAAUCAAAUUGGACAUACAUAUUCGAUGUACAAUGGGUUGUGGAUUUCCUGGAGAACAGUCCCAGACCUUUCUACCCAUUAUCACUGAUUUGGUCAAAGGAUGUAGCCGCUAAAAAAAUUCAAUCAUUUUGGAAAGGAUAUUGUGAUAGAAAGAAAGAAGAAGUACGAGAGAUCCGGGAGUUCUGGAAGAACAUAGAUGGAAAGGAAGGAGUUCAUUAUCCACCAAUAGAAGUUACCUAUGAAGUCGAUGACACAAACAAUCAAUGAGAUAGUGAUUCUGAUACAAGAACAACCCAUCAGAUCUAAUUGAAAUGAAGCUAUGGCCACAAUUCCACUAUCUAUCAAGCAUCGAACAUAUUGGUCCUUCGAGCCGGAUCUAUCUAUAUCAAACCUUCAAGACUGCCAAGUUCUCCAGAUAUCAUACAGAGCAGCACUCAAUACUACCUGGAGUGAUAGUGAAUGCCAAGCAAGUGG